GCACCAGGUUGCUGUUCUUCAGACCCUUUUCAUCGCCUGGUGGGUUGGACCCGCGGAGGGUCCCUCUCCGGUAUUCCCAAAGGCAAGAGUGGAGCGCCCAGGCAGAGCCAUUGGCCAACCCCCCACGCCCACCAUUUCAUUACAAUACGUGUGAAACCUCUUUUCUGCCGGCUGCCAGAGAGAGGCUUGAGAGCUGCUCCCUCCUCCAAGGUGCAUCCUGGGAGCCGCUGUGAGAGACCCAGAGGGGGUGACCCAGUUGACGCCUGUCCCUUCUACCUCGCCAUGGCCUCAGAGGCACCGUCUGGAUCGUCUCUUCUUUGGGGUGGGUUGGAAAGAGCUGUCAGGUGGGCGCCAAAGGGUCUGUUGUCUUUCCAGGCUCUCCGGGCCUUUGAGGAGGUGGCUGUAUAUUUCACGGAGGAGGAAUGGGCCCUGCUGGGUCCCGGCCAAAGAGCUCUGCACAGGGAAGUCAUGGUGGAGAAUUAUGAGACGGUGGCCUCUCUCGAAUCGGACCUCAAUUCCUUUUGGAAAGAAGGACAAGAUCCCUUGAUCCAGGAUCCUGAAGAAGAGGAGACAUUAGCAGGACAAGAUCCAAUUGGACGGGGCUCUGAUGAAGGGGAGAGAUCAGCAGCAGAUGAUCGGCAGAAGAAUGAGAGUUAUAGGGAACCAGAGAUGGUAAUAGCCAAGCACGAAGCGCAAAAAGAGAUGUCUGAAACCCACGGUGGACCAAAAAUGUCUGAAAGAAACCAGUCAAAGAAGGGGAAUAGGAAAUCCUCUACUUCUCACACUUUGCAGCAAAGAACCCACACAGGAGAGAAGCCAUUUAAAUGCUUGGAAUGUGGAAAGAGCUUCAGUGAGAGCAGUGGCCUUUCUGUACAUCAAAGAACCCACACAGGGGAGAAACCGUUUAAAUGCAUGGAGUGUGGAAAGAGCUUCAGUCAGAAAUACCACCUUACUGUACAUUAUAGAAGCCACACAGGAGAGAAACCGUUUAAAUGCAUGGAAUGUGGAAAGAGCUUCAGUGACAGCAGUAGCCUUUCUGUACAUCAACGGACACACACAGGGGAGAAACCAUUUAAAUGCAUGGAAUGUGGAAAGAGCUUCAGUACAAAAAGUAAAGUUACUGUACAUCGCAGAACCCACACAGGGGAGAAACCAUUUAAAUGCAUUGAAUGUGGAAAGGGCUUCAGAGGAAGCAGUAGCCUUUCUGUACAUCAACAAACGCACACAGGGGAGAAAGGAUUUAAAUGUAUGGAAUGUGGAAAGAGCUUCAGUCGUAGAGGUAGCCUUUCUGUACAUCAAAGAACCCACACAGGGGAGAAACCAUUUCAGUGCAUGGAAUGUGGGAAGAGCUUCACUGUGAGCAGUGACCUUAUUAGACAUCAUAGAACGCACACAGGGGAGAAACCAUUUAAAUGCAUGUUGUGUGGGAAAAGCUUCACUGAGAGUGGUAGCCUUAAAGUACAUCAACACUCACACACAGGGGAGAAACCAUUUAAAUGCAGGGAGUGUGGAAAAAGCUUCAGUCAGAGUGGUAGCCUUUCCGUACAUCAGAGAACCCACACUGGGGAGAAACCAUUUAAAUGUGUGGAGUGUGGAAAGAGCUUCACUGUGAGCAGUGACCUUAUUAAACAUCAUAGAACGCACACAGGGGAGAAACCAUUUAAAUGCAUGUUGUGUGGAAAGAGUUUCACUGAGAGUAGUAGCCUUAAACUACAUCAACACACACACACAGGCGAGAAACCGUUGAAAUGCAUGGAAAGUGGAAAGAGCUUCACUGUGAGCAGUCACCUUAUUAAACAUCGUAGAACACACAGAGGGGGAAAACCAUUUAAAUGCACAUUGUGUGGAAAGAGCUUCACUGGGAGCAGUAACCUGAAAGUACAUCAACACAUACACACAGGGGAGAAGCCGUUUAAAUGCUUGGAAUGUGGCAAGAGCUUCAAUGUGAGCAGUCGGCUUAUUAGACAUCAUGCAAUGCACACAGGGGAGAAACCAUUUAAAUGUGUGGAGUGUGGAAAGAGCUUCACUGGGAGUAGUAGCCUUAAAGUACAUCAACACACACACACAGGGGAGAAACCGUUUAAAUGCAUGGAGUGUGGCAAGAGCUUCAGUGUGAGCAGUCGGCUUAUUAGACAUCAUGGAAUGCACACAGGGGAGAAACCGUUUAAGUGCAUGGAGUGUGGAAAGAGCUUCACUGAGAAGAGUAAACUUACUUUGCAUCACAGAUCACAUACAGGAGAGAAACCAUAUAAAUGCAUGGAAUGUGGAAAGGGCUUCUCUGAGAGGAGUAAACUUACUUUACAUAACAGGACACACACAGGGGAGAAACCAUUUCAAUGCAUGGCGUGUGGAAAAAGUUUCACCGAGAAGAGUAAACUUAACUUACAUCAAAGAACCCACAUGGGAGAUCCCAUUUAAAUGCAUGGAGUAUGGAAAGAGCUUCAGCAUAAGCGGUAGUCUUACUGUAAGAAUGCACAGGGGAGAAAUCUUUCAAAUAAAUGUAAUGCGGAAGACACUUCAGUAUACCAGAAAAUGUGGAAUUUAAGUGGGCUAAUGUAGUAUUUAGCAAUGUUAAGUAUGUAGUUAAUCUUGUGAGUUACAAAGAUUAAAGCCUUGGGAUCAAGAUAACUGAAAGAUUAUCUCACACCGUAUGUACCCAAACAAUCACUGCAGUAUACAGCAGAAGCAUAUACCAUCUCAGUGUUUGAAUGUGAGACAAUACUUGUAGUUAGUUACCUGAAUGUGGGUAGGUGGUGAUAGACAGAAAAAGUCGUUCUUGUGUUUUCCUCGCUGGGUCAGUCUUUCAUAACUAAGUGAGCGAUCUUGUGUUUUUUUCUUUUGCUUAUUGAUUGUCUGUCUGCCCCCUUCACCAAAUCACCCUCUCUUUUAUUCUCUGUUUAUUUGUAUGUGCCAUCCUGGGCACUCUCUCAGAGAUGGCUCUGCAUGCUAGGAGCAAAUAAACCUUUCUCACCUUUCAACAGUGAUCUUAAUAAUGUUUUGUUGCAACUGCUGUGAAACAUUGCUGAAUUUCAACCGGUUAUGGGGCCCAGACAGCAAAAACAACUUUUUUAAAAGAUGCAGGAAGUUUUUGCAUGGUUGUAGAAUAGUUUCACAAGCAGGUAGUAUCAGAACCAGAUAAUCUUCACAUGGCUGUAUCUACUUGAAGUCCUGUUGGAUCACUUAAAACAAGACAUAGAGAUAAAACAACUGGGAGAAGUUGCCCACUAUCUUGGGGAACCAGAGAGCUUCCAUCUUCCUUUCCAUUUAAUCAAUGAAAAACAACAGAUUCGUGAGGGUUUUUGAGUACCUAGGGCUUACAGAACCCCCUCUGAUGACAACACUAAUGGACACACACAAACUACUUGAAAGGAGAAGGAGACAGUGAAUCCCUUCCACAGAAUGAUCAGUACAGGAUGGCUAUAGGGAAAGUUGCAGUAUCUAACCACUACAACCAGACCAGACAUAGCUACAGCAACAGAAAUACUGUGUAGAAGCAUCAAUGCACCUACAAAGAGAGACUGGAAUGCCAUGGAGAGUGGCCAGAUAUUAAAAAGAGACUGCAUAUCUGAAACUAAAAUUAUGAGCACUAACAGUCCUGCACUAGUCACUUAACUCAGAUGCAGACUGGGCUGGAGACUCAGCAGAUUGCAAAUCAUGAGCAGAAACCUGUUCUAUGGAUAUGCAGCAACUGCCUACAUCAGCAAGAAGCAAUCAGCAGUGGCAGCAUAGUAUAUAUCAGCUGCCCUGACUUGCCAGGAACUGGAAUGGGUAUCUUGAGCUGGUGAAGAUUUUGGAAUAGAUGUUCCAGAGCCUGGAAGACAGCUAAAGCUUCAUAAAGAUUGCUGAAACUGAAAAGUUUGCUGCCACACACAGAGCACAUUGUUGUGAAACACCACAUACUGGAAGACAUACACAAAGAAGGGCUUAUUGGGAUGAAGUAUUGCUCAGUGAAAGAGACGACAUUCUCCCUAAGCUACUUCCCAGACACCAGUUUCAACUUAUGCGAGAAAAGAUGAAUUUUGUGGAUGUGGCCAAAUGUGGUUGAAAAGGGGUGUUAGAAUGGGAGGCAAUGCUUGUAGUUAGUUAACUGAACCAGGCUGGGGGAGGGAGGGUGAUAGACAGAGAAAGUAAUCCUUAUGUUUCCCUCAUUGGAUCACUCGUAACUAAAGAAGCUAUCUUGUCUGUUUGUUUAUUGCCUGUCUUUCCCCUUCACCAAAUUGCUGCCUACUUUAGUAAGGAUCUACCAUCCUGAGGUUUAUGUGCUAGAUGUAAAUAAACCUUUAACUUUCUUUCUCACCUUUCACCAAUGGUUUUUAACAGACUCUUAUACAGUACCUGCUGUGAAACUUUGCUGAAUUCCAACACUCAUUAGAAGCGUCAUUCUGUAUGCUAUAGGAACCCAGUCUUUAAUACAGA